GUAGUUGACGAAGUUUUUGCAAAGAAAAUAAGAAGUUUUAUCAUCUGUAAAAAAUUGAAAAGUGCAAAUAAUAGACAGUGCUGCGCAUUCAUAUUAAAUUGAAUGCAAUUUUAUAAAGUUAAUUGAACCUGUAAACGCAAUAAUUUGUAUAUGCAUUGCAAAGCAGUAGCUUAUUCAAUAUUUGACAUUGACUGCUAAAAUUUAGAGCUUAAAAAACGGCAGUGGCAUAGUACCAGUGGUCGUAUGAUACCAAAAAGCAAAAACAUAUAGAAAGUGGGCGACGUAAGUAGUCUUGAAGGAAAUACCCCCACCAUAAUUGAAUUUCGUACAACAAAGACAACUUAUCUUUUGGACAAGAAAAGAACAGCAAUAAAGAAAUAAAAACAAGGCUUGUAAUCUAACAACUUUUUAAAAGCCAUUUUUGUUUCGUGCGCUCUUAUAUUUAAAAUUCGUUACAUUGCUAGUCAACUAACACUAAACCACAGUGUCUACCUACGAGAGCAUGGAUUUGCAGCAUAUGGAGAAUGGCAUCAGUGGCGGUGGCCACGGUGCUAUUGCUGGUCAAACUGCUGGCUUCAGUGAAACGGACUUUCAGCGACUUGCCCAAACCAUUGCAACAAGCAUACAAAAAAUAUUGCAAAAUGUGUCAACCAUGCAACGUAUGGUCAACCAAUUUAAUACCCCACAGGACUCCCCCGAUUUGAAGAAACAGCUACAUCAAAUAAUGACCUACACCCAUCAGCUGGUUUCGGAUACAAAUAAUCACUUAAAAGAGGUGGACAAGUGCAAAGAACGCCAUUUAAAAAUACAGCGUGAUCGUUUGGUGGACGAAUUCACUGCUGCUUUAACAGCAUUUCAGGGUGUACAACGUAAGACCGUCGAUAUCGAAAAGAAUGCUGUUCGACAAGCGCGUGCGCACAGUUAUAAUAUUAGUAAACCACCGGGCACGAAUAGCAGCAGUGGCAGCGGCGGUGGCGGUACCAGUGGCAGCAAUAAUAGCGGCUCAUUCUUCGAGGAUAAUUUUUUCAAUCGUAAAUCGAAUCAAUCACAAACACAAACACAAAUGCAGGAAGAAAUCGAUUUGCAAGCGCUGGAAGAACAAGAACGACAAAUACGCGAAUUGGAGGAAAAUAUUGUGGGUGUUAAUGAGAUUUACAAGAAGCUCGGUGCUAUGGUAUACGAACAGGGUCUAACCGUUGAUUCAAUUGAGUCGUCCGUGGAGCAGACUAGUGUAUUUGUGUCACAGGGUGCCGAUAACCUGCGUAAAGCCAGUUCGUAUAAAAAUAAACUGCGCAAGAAGAAGCUUAUAUUGAUUGGCAUUCUCUCUGUAGUACUUUUCAUCAUCAUUAUGAUACUUGUAUUCGAGUUUAAAAAAUAAUUGCAAAUGUGAACGAAA